UCGGCGCACUUGCCGCAACACGAGCACGAGGCAACGACUGCUGACCCCGCAUAUUGAUCGACCCGAAUCUGCAGUUCGCUUCUAUCCGAUUGCGCGGCACGGGUGGCGCUUCCACGCACAGCGCCGCGACGCUCGUCUACGCUCAUACGCUAGCGUAGUCGCAACCACUGCACCCGCUCGCGUCGCAUCGUCGUCGACUGGGCUAUGUGGAACCGUCCACCCCCGUGCUGGCGGUGCAGUGUUCACGGGAUCGUUCAAAAUCAGCGAAUCGUCGACGAUAGUUUCAGUGAUCACCAUUAGAAGAGCCACCAGGGACUGGAACCCCGUUUGCUGAACCCUCCAGGAUUGGAGGAGAUCCUGGCUCCUUUCUACGCUCGAACACCUGGGAUCUAUCUCUGUGAGUUGUGAUCGCCGAUACUGGCUGUCGAAGAUGUUGAUAUAGAAUCGUCGGAUAUCGGUGGACGACGCUCAUCCUAGAAAAAUGAAAUCACGACGCUCCGACGAAAGACUUUGUUCUCAGCGGAACGGACACCAGUCCUCGUAGCAGAGAGUCGGAACGACGAUACAGAUCUCGUGGCGAUUUAUUCAGCAGUGUCCAUAGGAUCCUUUGGAGACUCGUUGUUGCUGAUAGGCCGGAGGAAUCCUCGUUGCUGACUCGAAAGUCGAUUGCCUGGCGGGCGAAUGCAACUCCGCGAGUUGCAUCUGGCGUGCAUUUCUACCGAAAGGGCGAAUUCGUGACACGGCAUGAAGCUGUAUAAAAAGUAAGAAGGAGCUACCACGGGAAACAUGGGGUCGAAUCAUUUGUUAGUGGCGGCAAUUGUACUCGCGGUUGCCACCGUCUGUCGCGCAGAGUGCCAGACUCGAAGAGUUUACUGCUACGAAUGCGAUUCGUGGACAGACCUCAGAUGCAAGGAUCCAUUCAAUUACACCGCGCUUCCUAGAGAUCGGCCACCAUUGAUGAUCUGCAAUGGUUGCUGCGUGAAAAUGGUUCGCAACGCGAAGUCGUCGUACGAGAGCGUGAGACGGACCUGCACAUCUCAGCUACAGAUAAACUUAUUCAUGGUGGACCACGUGUGCAUGAUGGAAAGUACCGGCACUGGUCACAUGUGCUUCUGUGAGGAGGAUAUGUGCAAUCGUGUCCCCCCGACCUCGUGUUCGAAUCCCGUACUCCUGCUGAUCCUGUCGACCAUCCUUGUACUACGCUCAGUCAUCUUAGGGGUCCCAGCUUGCUUAGUAGAACGUUGCAAUGGUCACGUCAUAUAACACUGAUUCUACUCUCGAUUCACCCGCGGUGGUUUUGAUUCAUAUCCUCGUAGACCAUUAGUUAUAGCCGGCGUCACGAACACCAAGUCGGGACGAGCGAUCCUGUACAGUCACGUACUGACCAGGAUGAGCGAGAACUCUCUAUUUGUUUCCACACGAUGAUGCGAACCGAGAGGUAAGAUAUACAAUGUGUUUCACGGAAGAGAAGAGAAUCGUUCGAUACCGACCAUCGGCAGAUAUUGAUAGUAGAAGCCUCCGUUGAGGAAAAUAAAAUCCUCAGGAUAGAAGAAAAUAUUACACAUUGAAGCAUAAUUACCCAGGGUCUUUUAAAGUCUAUAUUUGUCCAAAAACUGAACAUGAAAAUACACAACAAUACCAACCUAACAGUAAAACACAAUAUGAAGUAGAGCAACGAGAUGCUAACCGUAUCAGCCGACAUUAGUCUAUACAGGAAUUCUACUAAAUUCCUAUCUGAUGAGUUUACAGAUAAAUGUAACGUUUUAUCGAUGAUCGAACCGAUCGGAACGCUUGACAACGAUUCUCUUCUUUCCUUCACUGGAGAUACUGCACUCUGUAAUCGCUCAUCCCGAUCCUCUCUUCGGCGUAGACAGUAGCGAGAGAUCUGGACCGUGUUCUGUGUAGACAAAUCAUUCGACUCUCUAUCACUCUCACGAUUUUACCGCGAUCCCUUGUUAUUUUUUGUUGACGUCUCCUCGAGAGAGAGGAAGAUAUAUAUAUAUAUAUAGAGAGAGAGAGAGCUUACGCACGUUCGCUGCAAUGACUUUGUGAUACGUGCACAUACGAGAGAGAAUUUCGUUUGCCCUCUCCCUGGCGAAUGCGCAAUCCAAGGUAUGAAAUUCUCGAUUACUUUCAUCCAUUUUGCACAACGCUGCCAACAAUUCGCAAACGAUUCGAGUCACCUUUGAAAUUGACACCGGGUAGAAGAU